UUGAGAUUGUUUCUCAAUUUACACGGACACUAUUUAUAUAACUGCCGACGAUCGAAACACUUCUUUCUCGAUACUCCGUGGGGUGCAUGGGAUACUAUUGAAUUCCGAUAGCGCCGCGGGCAAUAGUUCAAGUGUUAUGUUUACGGGUUUUUCCGCCGGAAUCUGGGAAACGAUUCUGUUCUAUGAAGUAUCGAACCAAGUUUCGCGAUCUUCCUUGCUCCAUGAAUUUUUUGAACGUGAGGAAAAAAUAAAUGGGAGGUAUGAAUUUACCCAGGUUCGGCACACCGUUGAACAACCUGACGGUCUCUGUGGGUCGCGAAGCUGUUUUCACCUGCAUUGUGGAAAAUCUUGGCCCGUACAAGGUAGCGUGGCUGCGAGUGGACACACAAACGAUCCUCACGAUCGCUACUCACGUUAUCACGAAGAAUCACCGUAUCGCCGUCACACAUAGCGGUCAUCGUAGAUGGUGUCUUCAUAUCCGGGACACCAAAGAAACGGACAGAGGAUGGUAUAUGUGCCAAGUUAACACCGACCCCAUGUCCAGCAACACUGGAUUCCUCGAAGUAGUCGUACCACCGGAUAUCCUGGACGACUCCACCAGCACCGACAUGGAGGUACGAGAGGGCAGCAAUGUGACAUUACGAUGCGCCGCGACUGGUACCCCCAAGCCGAAGGUCACGUGGCGGCGAGAAGUUGGUGGCACGAUCGCACAAUCGAAUUCACACGAAGUAGGCGAGGGCUCGGUGUUGAAGCUAACGCGCGUCACGCGUGCCCAUAUGGGACCGUAUCUGUGCAUAGCGUCGAAUGGUGUUCCUCCAGCAGUCAGCAAGCGGAUCGUGCUCAAUGUUUACUUUCAGCCAAUGGUAUGGAUCGAAAACCAGUUAGUGGGCGCUUAUGAGGGCCAAACUCUCGUCCUGGAAUGUCACAGUGAGGCUUAUCCAACAGCGAUCACUUAUUGGACUAGGCCAUCCAACGAAACGAUCACAAAUGACAAUUACAAGGUUGAAACAAUUCCAAAAGGAUACGAAAUAACCAUGAGGCUCACUAUAAAAUCCAUACAGCCCCAAGACUUCGGGUCAUACAGAUGCGUGGCAAAAAAUUCAUUGGGAGAAAUGGAUGGAAAAAUCAAACUUUACAGGAUCGAUAGAUCGCCGACGAUGCGUAGACCGAACACCAGGCGAGAUUCGAAGAAGAGUUGGAAGAUGGAUCACAGUCACGAAAGAAACACGACAGGCAUGAAGGACGAGCCAAUGCCGAAAGGCGUCGAGAACGAUGAUGAACAGGUUGAUUUUCAAUCGGCCACUGCCUCGUCGCACUUUCACUGCCAUUUAUUUGCGAAUCUUGGCAUCGCCGCGAUCACUGCCAUCUUAGCCGGUGGUUUGUCGACGUAGACCAUUCUGUGAUCGUUAUUACACCUGAAACUGAGUAAUUCGCGUCCGGAUGAGUCUUCAGGGUCACGCUAGUCACUUACAAUAUACUAGCUACCAACCAGAUUGAGAUUGUAAUCGUACGAGAUGCAUCGAGGACCAGCCAGUUCAAUGUUUCUUGGACUUUUUGUCUAAGUGAAUUCUCACAGAUUUGAAUGGGAACUUGUUGGAAAAAGCGUAUUCUAACAUCAAGACUUUUCAGAACGUAGUGGACGCUUGGGACAGUUUACGUUCUUUUUUCGAGAAGAUUUUAUCCUUUCGUUAAUCCUUUAGCUGCGGAAGAAACAAGUAUACGCUAUGAGGAAACGACUUAUAAGAUUUAUUACAGACGUAUAAUAUCGACGAAAAGUUUGGAUGUACUAGAUAUGUUCACGUAUUUUUCAAGGUGGUAGGACCUUUUAUAUUUUCUUUUUUUUUUUUUUUUAUAAUCUACGCUGAUUCAUAAAAAUAUUUGAACGCUUAUACUGUAGGAAACCUUUAUGCCGAUAUUAUAAACAUUUUGAAUCUUUAAAUUUCACUGCAAUGAGACACGACUGUCAUGAUUAUAUUUGUAAAAUUUAAAACGAAUCUGAAAAUAUACGUAGAAGUAGUGCGCCUGUAUAUUCCGCAGUGUUCAGAAAAGUAUUUAAACAGUCAAUUAUCCAUCAUGUUAAUAAACCAUGUUAACCUACAGAAUAAUAGAAGCUGUUUUCUAUCUAUAUAAUUUAUCUAUCUAUAUAAUUUAAAAAAUCAUAUUACAUCCAAACAUUUUGCCAUUAUUAUUUUGCCGCCAAUAAUUAAAAUAGUAAUGAAAAUCAUGGAAAUCAUUUAUUGACUUGCGAAUAUGUCGUUCUCGAUAUUAUAUUGGAUUUCAGUUUAGCCACAGCUAAAGGAUUAAGAAUAAUAGUUAUACCGGCGGACAAAUUACUCAAGAAAACUGCGCGUUUGUUUAAAACAACGGAGCUUGCUCUAUUUCUUCUUCCAUGUUCUAUCGGAAUUUAGUAACAGUCUGAGUAUACAUUUUAUUUAGGUUGAAUAAACAUGUAUCGAUGAAACGUUGUUAGCAAUUAAUUGUGUUACAAUAAAAGAAAGUGUUGAAGACAAUUUUUUCGUACAGAUUCGAUUCUUGGUUCAAAAACUUCGAGAGGAUAUCUUUAAAAUUUCUAAUUUACGUACACUGUUAUUUGUUCUGAAAUAUCUAAAUCUAUUGGACUCAACAUAUUAUAUUUUCCUACGUUCUAUAUAAUUUAUAAUGAUGCUUAAAAAUAUUAUGUGAUACAAAAUCUUUAGGAGAAAAGCUUUUAUGAAGUCUUCGCCUGUAUUUACUUUUGAUAGAUUUUUAUAUACCUAUUACAUGUAAAAUUGUUUAUAAAGUUGUUCGUACUCUUAUUAUAGCAUUUAUUAAUUUUAAGAUCGAAGUAUUUAUGUAAUUUAUAUUUCGAACGUUUUGUAAGUUUCCAUUGUAAAAAACGCCGACACGAAGCGAGUAGUUUCUCGCGAAUAUGUAACGCUUGUACCUAACCUACAUAUGUAUAUGUAAAUAUCAGUUUCGUGACGUAGCAACAUGCCUUUGCUUUACGACAAUAAUUUUUUCGAUUAUAUUAUAAACGAAGCCUAUUAUUUGUAACACGCAACAGUGUAAAAUUCAUUCCUAAAUUCGUAAAACCAUAUUCUGGUCGCAUUAUAGUAUCACAUUAGUGUCGUUCAUGCCAUAUUUUUAAGCAAAACAAAAUAUUUAAGAAUGUAAAAUAUUUAAGAUUAUUUAUUUAUUUAAUUCCUUUUUUCCUUAUAAAGUUUGAUUUCUUUUAUAAAAUUUCAUUUUCAAUUAGUAUGUACAUACAGAGAACUCGAAGAAUAAAUAUUAUAAUUAUUUAAUUAUAUUGCUUUAAAUUAUGUUAGAGACUUAUUUCAAGUAUUGCAUACUGUUUGACUGAUUCUGAUUCCAUCAUAAACAACAUAAAAGUAUUGAACACAACAUUGUUGAAAUUUUUAUAAAGAUGUUAUUAAUGUUCAAAAAGAAAUGUAUAUCAUGUGUCAUGGUAUAAGUUGUUAGUUAUCAGAGCAGACAUAGUUCAAACAUCAAAUUUUAUUCAUGUGACAGAGUGGUGAUGAUAAAGUGGUUCUGAAGUAGAUGGCUGACUUAGGAAAGUUUAUUCUACUUAUAUUAAUAAGAUUCAAUAUUUCGCAUUUUAUUUAAAACUUGCGGUAUAACUUUCAAUAAUUCAGUAAUAAUCAAUAUUAUUUUCAGCUAUUAUAAAUAUUUACAAUCAGUAUCUAUUGAAAUUGUAAUUAUUCAUGUUUCCUUCACGCGAAGAAUUAAAGAUUUUUCAGAUAUUUAGUACAAUUUUUGAAUAAUUUCUAACAUAAUUUUGCAAGGAUAAGUAUUAUGCAAUAACCAUAAAAACAUAGUUUUAUCGUGCUUUAAAAUUAGCGAAGGCUUUCUAUGGUUACAUACAUGCGAUAAGUUUGUCCACUUCAAAGAUAAGCAACAAACACAAUUCCAAAACUCGACCAGCUAGUUCAGAAACACUGUUUGUUCUCUACAUUCCUACACUUACAUUUUCGUAAUGGGUACAAAUGCAAAUGAGUUUAUGAGAGAAACUGUGACCUCACUCCCUUCCAACGGCUUCAUCGUUCCAUGAAUGCGUUCACAAGUACUGUACCCAAUAGUUAACGAUACGAUUAUCCAAAAUAUUACGAUACUGAUACAAUAUCGAUUAAUGUACCAUAGGCACGUACUGCUUACCCGAGCAAAAAUGGAGUUUCCAAUGCAUAUGUUCGAGCAUAUAAACUAAAAGAAGGCUGGUACACGAUUAUUCUUCCUUUAAUUGAUCUAAUUAUUUAUGACGACAGAAAUCUCAAUCAUAACCAGAGUUGCUAUUUUAUUAUAUUGUAAAAUUAGAAUGUUAUGAAUUGUGAUUUAGGAAUUACAAAGAAAAAUUCAAAACAGACAAAAAUUAUGUCAAUUAAAUUUUGUCUAUAAAAAUAUAAAUUUUUAAUUAACAAUAGAUUAUUUCCGAAAAUAUUUACUAGAAAAAAUUUAAAUUAAGAAAAUUUAAUUUAAGAAACAAUAGAAACAAAAACACAUAAAUAUAUGUAUAUGUUAUUGUUACAUCAAAUCGUCAGAGCUUUUUAUUAACUCAUUCCCUUCUAUCAACCUGGAGAUAUUUCAAGAAAAAUUGUAUUUGUAUACCCAUUUUCAUUUCUCCUACUUACACUAAAAUUACAUAUCGUAAUUAAUUAUACGAAGUUUUUAAAUGUUCAUGUGCAUAUUUUUCGUAUUAUCAGAAACUACUCGCAAUAUAUCUGUAUAGGAAAGAAAUCUUCUCAGUUCAGAGGGAAUUGAUACAAAAAGGUUAAAAUCCAGAUUUAUCUUGGAUUUUGGAAUCGGAGAAGUGGCACUUGUGAUUGCUAGACUACAAAUUGCUUUAUACAAAUUCAUAUUUUUAUGAACAACAUUGAAAAAAAUAACAUAAACAGAAAUUUGUCUCAAAGUAUAAAUAAUAUAACUUUAUUUUAGAUAUUUUAUAUAUAUUGUAAAGAUUUCAAUUUUUCAUGAAUGUAGAAAGUCUACUAAUUACAAUUAGCCAAUCCACAGUGGAAAAUAUCUUACAAAAUUCUUUCUUUUCCCCUGUUACAUUUUAAAUUCAAGCAACUUGAUCUUUGCUCGGUAAAGCAAUACACAUCGAUGAUCCGGGUAAUAUUUUAACAUACCUCGACC